AUGUCAGGUAUUAUUGAAGCAGGUGCAGGACUAAUUGUGGACAAGUUGUUAGAAGCUGUGUCCAAAGGAAUACAAGAAGAAAUAAAGUAUGUAACUAUCUUGAAAAGGAUGGAAAGCACGCUACGAAAUAUAAAGCCAAUCAUUGAACAGAUCAAAGAGCAGAGGAACGAACAUAGCGGAAAGGAGGAAAUAAAGAAGUUGUGGGAACAAGUGAAAAAAGGGGAAAAAAUUGUGAUCAAAUGCUCAAAAAGAAAGUGCUGUAGCUGCUUCAAAAAGUGUCAUUGUGGACGAGAACUUCGCGACUUGGAUGAUUCAAUUAGUGAUUUCUAUAAGUAUGUUCUGCCAUUGAAACAACUAAGCAUUGCUAUGUCCACUGAUCAUAAUGUGCAAGAAAUUUAUGAAGAGCUGAAGGAAAUUCAUAUGAAGAUGAAAGAGUUUUUGGAGAAUGCUGAUGUGAACAAUAUUCGUGAGCAGUUGAAAGGAGUUCUCAACAAGUUGCUAACUAUCGAAGCCUUUCUUGAUGGUGGGAACAUCAACCUCGAGCAAGUCAAAAUAGAAAUUCAGGUGCUGAUAAGUAGUUUGAAGAAGUUUGCGUGA